AUGUUCUGCCUCAGAAGCUGGCUCCCACUCCUCUUCAUCCCUACCAACGCAUCGCCGGCCUUCAUCUUUCUCUUCUUCGUAUGCACCUACUUCCUCAACCGACCCUGCGUAUACUGCUCCAUCCUCCUGCUCAUCCUCUUCCUCACAUCGUGCAACUGGUCCGACCGAUGUUUCUUCGACUUCCGGAGCAACUGGUUCCUGCCGCGGCCGAGCACCGUUGAUCCCUCACUCACCGCGACCGUGGCAGAAAUGGCGAAUUCCACAGCCAAGACGCUGGCGGGCGCGGCCGCAGACGCCAUUUCCUCCCGCAGUGCCGAGUGGACUGGUCUCGGGUUGGAGUGGCUGCGGACGUUGCUGGGCAAGAGAGAGUGGAAGGUCGACUGCAUGGACAUCUACAUCCAGCUAUGA